CAAGAAAGCGUAUAAACUAUCAGAUAAAUUCAGAAAUUCGACUAGUUUUUUCCAAUUUUCGCUUACUAUUGAAGAAUAAUACGAAUAUAAAACAAUACAAAUCGAGAAGAUCGACAUUCAAAAUGGCUCCAAAGUCAUUUGACGUAGGAGUUAGAGGUGGAAAAGGUGGUAAAUGAUAUGGCAACUAAAGAAAGAAAGGUAUCAAUAGGAAGAAGGCAGCAAACAGCAUCCCCCUCCCCAAAAGAUCUCCGUUCCACCCCUGAACAAACAGUUAAGAACGACGCAACAGUAGAUUCGCAAAAAGUAGCUCCCCAAAAAACAAAGACAAUUACAAAAACAGCGUUGGUGCGAAAAUUGACCAAGGGACAGAAAAAAAAGAACCAAAAAAAGAAACUAUCGAUAAAACUGACGUCGAAGGCCGCAAGGAAGGCAAAACAGAAAAUAACAAAAUCGUUGAUCAAUACUGCCAAAGUACUUGAAGCGAAAAAGUUGCUCAAAAACGGUAAAGUAGUACAGAAAAAAGAGGAAGAAGAGUUCGAUUCACAUAUCCUAGAACCCAUAUUUCCAGAAGAGACCGAAUUAGACAAGAAACCAAAAAAUAAAAGAAUUGUGAGGAACCCCGUAGCCAGAAAAGUCAAAACAGAGGUUGAAGACCCGGAAAUAUGCAGUGAUAGUAGUACAAAUUCCGUCAAAUACUCUAGGAAAAGCAAAAACAGUAUCAAAAACGAUGAAAUAGAUACCAUAAAAGAGACAAUCGAAGGUGUUAUUAGUGGUUUUACACUCAGACCGGAAGAAAUAAAAAAAGAACCAGAUUAUUUAUCCGAGAGCAGCAGAAGCGAUAUAAUCAAACCAAAAAGGUUAACAAAGAAGCAAAAGUUAUCCCUGUUACAAAAAGAAAUAAAAAAAGAAAAUAUAGAAAAUGCAUUUACAAUAAUAGGCCAAAGUGAUCAAAAAAUCAUUGAUAUGCUAGAUUUGAAUGUUCUAAAAGUGAAAAAGACAUAUCCAACACAAAAAAGAAGACAUACCAUAGAAAAAUUCCCCAUGGAUUCUGAUUAUCCUGGCAUCGAAGACUUCCCCCCCUUGAUACCAUUCUCAGGUAUACCCCAAAGCCCUAAAAAUAAAAGGAAACCUAGAAGUUGUGUGGAGACUAAAGUUUUGAAUCCGUAUACUAUAAGACCACCAGCAAGGAUGCUGAGAAAUGGUAAACAAAGAAGAAUGAAAGAGCAUCUUUUAGAGGGUUUAGAUGAUAGAAGAAAAAAAAGAAGGCUGUGUUCGGAGGUGGUUGGUAGCGAAGUUUCAAAGCUCUCUGGGUAUGAUUCGGACAGUAGUUUCUCUGACUUGGUCCCACUCUCCGGUGCUGAGAUCGAUCUGAAGAGUGUCGAAGUUAAGAAAGAACAAAUAGAAAAUCACACUAACCUAACGCUUUCCGCAAAUAUCAGAAAAAGUCUUUCAGUGGAAAAUCAAUCCUAUUGCACCGACUCCAAUUCAAAUCUGUGCGAUGAUCCUAGUGUACAAGAGAAUAAGAAUAUCGAAAACUUAAAACAAGUCACGAUGCUCAAUGAGGACCUUUACCCAAAUCCUAGUGCUAAAGUGCCUGAAAAACUGUUAAUUUUGGACAUAAUGAAGCAAAACUUUAAUGAAAAGGUCGAUCUGAUCAAUGAAAAUAAUGCACCUAAGGUGCAACAAACUCAAAAUAAACUUUCUCCGAUAGUCGUAGAAGAAAAAGAAUCUGGCCAGAAAAAAAUGAGCGAUAUAAUCUCGAAAAUUGUAGAAACUAUGGGUUCCGAAGAAUUCACAGCUACAAUCAACACAACUGAAGAGGGUCCAGCUGUGGUUAUGCAAAAUGGGGAUAUCAGAGAGAAUAUCCUGUGGGAAAACCAAAAGGAUACUGUCAAAGAAGUAUCUUCUCCUCCCGAACAACAACCUGUUGAGGAACAACUAAACGAAAAUAUCCCUGAUGAGGUCAUGCCACUUAAUGAUCAAAUCACAGAAAAUGUGAGUGUAAUAGAGAACGAUGUAGUUAUGGAAGACAAAGCAAUUACGGAGGAAGAUAAAGAACCUCUCGAACAAAAACUAACACCUGAAGCUUCUGAAACUCUGGCCGAACCAGAAGUACCACCAGUUGUUUCUGCAAAUAUUCCUUUCGAAGCUGUAGCUGGACCAUCGUCUGCUAAAGAAUACUCCCCUCCAACAUUCGAAGCUGUAGCUGGACCAUCGUCUGCUAAAGAAUACUCCCCUCCAGCAUUGGAGCCUGAUUGCUGCUUGCCAUCAACCUUGAAGGUUUUGGAGCAGGUAUCCGAAGAAGAAGCGGCUAUCAAAGAGAGCAUCUUGAACGCUCUUGGUCUUCAAAGUCUGAAGGCAGCAGAGGAGGCUAGAUUAAGGGAAAAAGAGAAACCAGCGGGGGCAACAAAACCUGAAUAUACCGGAACCCUGAAAACUGUGAUCAAGCUGAAUCGUGAUAGUAAGAAGAAGGGGAAGAAUCACCCUCUGAAAAUGACACUACAGAAGAAUAAGGGUAAGAAUGGAGAAGGAACUUCUGGAACUCAAGAUGAUUAUAAGAUAAUGAAAGAGGGCUCAACUUCCUGGAAAAACAGUGGACAGUCAUCAGAUUCGGCUGGUGCGCAAAGAAAAAUACAUUAUUCUAACAGAUCUAACCUGGACGUGAGCAGCGAACACACCACGGACGGUGAAGCAGCAAACCCCGAGGGACCAGCAAAAGCCUUAGUAAUUCCAGAAAAAGCCAGUUCUUUCAGUAUUCAUCCGGAACGUUUGUGCAAAGACGAAUGUUCCUUCUGUUACGGAAAAUUUGGGCUUUUCGACACCCCAUGUCACAUAGCCUCGAUCAAGACGAUCGAGAGACAGGAAAAAAUUUUAGCAAUCGAAAAAAAUUUGACCAAAGACUCCUGCCUCUGCGAUGCCUGCUAUAGACACAUCGACAGGAGGGCCAACACGCCUUCUUACACCAGUAAAUCGGUGAAGAGGGGCCCGAUGAUUGCACCAGGUCCGAAGAAGAACCACUGUCAUGUCUUGGGGUGCAAGAAUGUUUCCGCGAACAUCUUGCGCAGAAAGUGGAUAAUAAAAAUGAGGCAGCAGGUCAUGCAAACAGUCAACAUCGAUUUGAACAACCUGGGCCUCCAUUCGAUUCCCAUAUGCAACGAACAUUACUCCGCUCUGGAGCAUCUGAUGAUCUGCUCGAUGUGCAAGAGAAGACUUGCCAAGAAUCACAUCCACUAUCUGGGACCCGAAGUCGAUGAUCUCAACAAUGCCAUGGAAGAGGAACGUAUACCUCUGAAACUGAGUGAAAAACCGGUUGUUUGUAAGCUUUGCAGGUGUUUCGCCACUGUGAUCUUGAAAAAUCCCGAGGAUAGGCCUGAGAACAGUAUGCAUUUCUUCGAGGAGUACAAGAAAAGACUUCUGCAUUUCAACAACAUAGUGCCCAUGGACAAAGCGGCAGCAGAAGAACCCAUCAUUGUGCCCACCAAGGAGAGAACCGACAAAGAACCAUACAAGAAGAAACGCAAACUCUCCAAGAACCUCGUCGAAGGCGACUCCAAACCAGGAUCUCCAACUGUUGAAGCGACAAACGCUUCCCACUCGAGAAGCGAACAAAACGGAAGCGCCAAUUCCGGUUCCGAGUCCCCCUCGGACUACCUAGUCGAUUAUCAGAGCCUCAUACCUUCAAUAGCGAUGGAAUGCUCAGACACCGAAACAGACAAAGACAAGACCAGGAGGGUCAUAACUUUGGAAUCGCUCAAGAAGUCCGUGGAAGUAACCGCGAAGAGCCCCAGCAGUGAGCUUGCCGUCCAACGGUUAGGUUCCAAUCCCUACCUUUCCGUUAGACAGCUGUUCCCUGGAGAGGAAGAGUUAGGUCUUCAGGGUCAGAUAGAGUUCAACAACGUCAAAGAGAGGACCACGGAGGGUUGGGAGAAAUGCAACAUGUCCAUUCAGUACGACAAGCCGACCAAGCAGCUGUGGCAAGAGCUGCAGAAGCCCUACGGAAACCCCAGCAGCUUCCUGAGGCACCUGGUCCUGCUGGAAAAGUAUUUCAGGAACGGGGAUCUCCAGCUCAAACCUAACGCCAGCAGGCAGUCGUCAAGUUACAGCGAAAGCGUUCAGAACAGACUCAGGGCUUACGAUAACAUACCCACCGGUGCUUCGAGGUCCAUAAGUAUCGUGGAAUUGAACUCCCCCACCAAAAAGAGCUCAAGUGGAAGUCCAAGCAACAAAGAGACUCUGAUUCCAACCGUAUUGCCGGGACUGCCGAUCAUGUCGACACCAAGCGUUACGGUUACCUCUGUGAGACCGCCUCCCGUCACCAUAACCCAACUAAACAACUCUCUACUGCCGAUAACGAUCACCAAGACCAAACCGCCACCGCCACCUGGUCUAAUAUCUCUGUUGCCGGGCACAAACAGACCUAUAGCCCCCUUGACGAAACAGCCGCAGUCCCAGAAGAUCAAGUUCCCGAUAACGAAGAACUGGAGACCCGGUCUGAUACCCAUCGAUCCCACCAAGCCUCCAGAGAAGAAGACCGGCCUGGUGCAGGUGAUAUCCGGGGGCAAACCGUUCCACAUCACCCUGGAGGACUACAAGAAGAUGUGCGCGAUAAAGAGGAGCUUCGAGAUGAAGCAGAAACAGAUGGCUGAAGCGAAGAAGCCCCAAUCGCCGACGGUUCCCGCUGGAACGACCUUGGUGAAGAGCAAUAAUAAGAGUCUGGUGAUCACCAAGGGACCAAUCAGCAAGGUCGAGCCGAAGAUCGAGCAGGAACCCCCGGAGAGCAUCUUGGACAAGCUGGAUCAGCAGGUGGAGAGCUUGGAGUCGACGUUCAACGAGGGUACGACGUUGUUGAACAUGCCGAGGAUACCGAAAUCUCUCACUGUAAUACCGCAGACGGUUAGGAAACCUUCGAGACCAGCUAGUCCGGUGCUUGUGAUCACUCCGAAAGGAAAAUCAUGAUGGAUUCCGCCAUCGCCAGUCAAGUGCCUCAACCCCGUAUCUCCCUCCUCUUUUUACACAGGAGCUUUCUUGGGGGGCGAGAUUCCAGGAGCUCGUUCCAAUUCUAGUUGUCUAUCGAUUUUUCUCGUCGAAAACCUAUUUCUGUUUUCUCCGUUUAGUUCUCAAUGAUAGUUUUUCUCUUGCUUUUUACCAAAGCAGAAUUAUACAUUAAAGGAGGCUGUGGUUACCUAUGAUGAUUUUUAAAAAAUUAUUUACAAAGUUGAAUGUGUAUAUGGUGCGGUAUUUGAUGUUUGUUGAAAAUUUUGUUAUGUAUCGUUGGUUUUUUUCAGAGACUUUGGAUAUUUAUUCAGAUGUGUUUCCUAUUUUUCGUCUGAACAUACUAGGCAGUCCAACGAAUAUUGAGGUAGGGGUUUCAGGUGAUAUGACUGAAGGUAUAAAAAAUUGUUUGGCUACACUGACAUACUGAUAGUUUUUUCUUUCUUUUUUAUCUUACAUUACCACCUAUCUAUUAUCACUUCAAAGAUGGACUAACCGCACUCUUGUUGUAACAGACAUAAUGAUUAAGGUGCUACCCCCGCCAGUAAUUCUUAUCUAGCCCGCUAUUGGCUAGAACAUUUAACUUUCUAUGACGGGGCGUGACAUAUCGGAAGAGGCGUUAUUAGAUUCUAGAAAAACGUCGAAACGUGCGUCGAAAGCUUAUUUAAAAAACCUGUGGCUAUGAGUGUUGCUAUUUGAUCUUUGAAGUACAGCAAGUCCAAAGAAAAUUGAAUUAAAUCUUACCUAUCUAUCACAUUUGCUUAGGGCUAGCCUGCACUGUUGUGCUCAUUAAGUUUUGAAGUUUAUCUGAAAAAACUCUGAAUUGAAUCACGAUGGAAUGAAACUAUGUUCGAAAGUAGACGUUUCUAAAUUGAACGAAAAGUUGAAUUUACAAACUGACACUUGAAGUUUAUUCACUAUGUUACUCAACGGCUGAAACCGUUCACUAUUUUAAAAUUGAUUAGAUCUUCACCUUUCACAAAUGAUUUAUCAAAAAGAAAAUUUGCAAGCUGUGAUUUUGAACAUAUUGAGAAGGCUCCUGUGGUCUAAACCUCCUAGAAACACUUGUACAAGUUUACCAUAUUUAGAAGACAUUUGUUUCUGUUAUAUAUUGUUUAAAUGGAAUUGUUGAAAGCAUAAAUUGAUUAUUUGAAGAAAGAAAAAGAUUGUUAAGACUAUAAAACAUUAAGAAGAUAUUUUUUUAUUAAAAUCUCUUAAGGAAAAUUGUAAAUAAAAUAAAUAGUGGUUAUGCAACUACAGAAUGUAUAUUGUAAAAUAUUUAGUAUAAUAUUUAUAUAGUGAACCAACUUUUAAGAGUGGUUUGUAUUUUGUAGUAACAGCAAUAAUUGCUUAUUUGGUUCUAUGAUUUUCUGAAUGACUUGUUUUUAUUUAUUUUUACAUGGUGUAAUUUGAAUACUGAUUUUCGGAUAUCCAAAUUUUAUUUACUGUACUGAUUUUUAUAUGAAAGACUGUCUAUUUUCUUAAUAUAAUUGAAUUUUUGCAUUA